GCCACGACAUGUCCUCAUCCUACCUGCCCACGCCCACAACCAAGGAUCUCUCCAUCCUCGAGCCCGAGUUUCGCGACUUCAUCGGCAACUUCCCAGACACGACCGAGACCGCAGAGACCGGCGAUGUCGUCGUCAACUUCAUGCGCUCCAUCCCGCCCCGGCCGCACAACGAUCCGCGUGUGAUCAAGCAAGACAUCCAAGUCUCCAGCCCCAACGCUCCAUCCACACAGCCGCCCGUCAACGUGCGCGUCUACAGUCCAAAGGACGUCGAUCCAGCGCGACCGCUCCCCGUGCUGCUAUGGAUGCACCACGGUGGAUUUUUCUCCGCGGGACCACUACGCCUGGAUCCCUUCUGCAGCGCGAUCGCGGCCGAGGCGAACAUCAUCAUGAUCGCACCCGCGUAUCGCCAAACACCCGAGCACCCCUUCCCCGCACCGUUCGACGACUGCUACGAGGUGCUGCGCUGGAUCACGACUUCACCAGAGACGAGUCGCUACGCGAUCGACAGCACCAAGUUUGCGGUCGGCGGGACGUCCGUGGGCGGCACGGUGGCAAUCGGGCUCGCGCUCAAGCUGCGCGAGGAGACGGGGAGCACGAAAGCGAUCAGCCUGCUGCUCCUCGACGACACCAGCUUCACCGACAAGCCCAACACGUACUCUACGUUCCACAACCCGAUCAACAAGAUCUGGAACGCGAACGUCACGCGCUACGCGUGGCAGUUUUACCUCCCGAACGGCUCGGACGCGCUCGACCCCGUCACGCGCAGCUACGUCGUGCCCGCGCUCGCGACAGAUCUAACGGGGCUGCCACAAACGAUGAUGAUGUGCGCGCAAUGGGAUGACCUGACUGACGAUGCGAUCGCAUUCGCGAGCCGCCUCCUGCAGGCUGGCAUCCCCACUGAAAUUCACACGUACCGGGGCACCUUCCACGUAUCGGACAAGUUCUUACAUAACGCCAAGAUGAGCAUCCGCAAGCGCCAGAACAUGGUCGACGCUCUGGAGGCUGCAUUUGCCUGAUUGGCGGUGGGAGGGAUCAAUGGGUAGUAUCAAGCAUUUGAUGGAAUCUCUACAUUAGAAGUCGCAUCUCUCCGCAUUCUGCAUUGUUUCGACGUACCACGAAAGCAAAGGUUCCCUUUGUGCGACUUUGCUUGCCGUACUCGACUGGAUCGCGCGUCAGGGGAGAGAUGGGAUGGCGCUCAUGACCCGCUGUUCGCGGAUUUUGCGCAUCCA